UUCAUGUUAUUAUACAGUAAUGGUUCGUAUUACGCCGGGGUUCAAAGAUUGAACGGACUGAUUUCACCGAGGUUAUCAUUAUUGUUUUUUUUUCCCUCAUAAUCUGUGUGUUUAGUUAAUCUAACAAUUUAAUCAGUCUUAGUAAAAUACUGAAUAAUCUUUCAUCGUGGAGCGGUCUAUCUGUUUCUCCUGUUGUUCAUGCGAAAAAAAUCGUCACAAAUAAAUUCUGCUUAUUUAAUUUUUUCAGGAUGUCAGAAGCAAUCGUCACGUUCCAGUCCCAGCUCUCGGGAAUCAUGGAGACUGUCCUCAAAGCAGCUGUGCGUGAGAUCACCUCCCUGGUGGAGGGCAGUUUCCAGGGAGAGAUGCUGCGGAGCAGACAAGAAGUCGAGUUCUUGAAGCAGAGGCUGCAGUGGUCAGAGAGGAGAUGGACGGAACGAGAGCGAGAGCGAGGGCGAGGUGGAGGGGCUAAGUGUGUGGAAUGUGGCUGUGCUGCAGACUCCACUCUGGUAAUGGAAAGUAGGAUCUCAAGGACUCAGUCUGGUACUGAAGAGGGACCUGCUGUUAAAGAGGAGAAAGGACCGGUGAAGAAGCAGAGCAGCUGCCUGUGGGAAACGUUGGCUGCAGGUCCGCCUACUCUUUCAGAUGGAAGAGCCACACCGAGUUCCUCCACGUCUUUGGAAAUGGCCAGAGAAAGGCCCACAGACUUAAAAUGGAACAAGAGAAAUUUAAUACAUAAAGAAGACCUCCUGACUGCUAAAGACAGCAGUGUUGUUCACUGGGAGCCCAAGGUUCAUUCAGGAGGAAUGGAUAUUUGCGCAGACAGUAUUGACACUGAGGAAAAACAGUCCAUAACUAGAGAAGGUGUAGAGGAGCAGGUUGAGUCAGUCAUGGUGCAGCACAGCGCAGAGAAGAUCUGCAGACUGCAGCCUGGACCCGAAUGCAGCUCAGCAGAUCCGCACGACCUGAACUCCGAGCGUAUAAUGUACGAGAAGGUCACUGUGCUCACGGAUGACGUCAGCGAUGCCGAGAGCGACGUGCUUGAUUUUGUCCGUGCUCCGGAAAGUAAUUCAAGGCCGAGUCCUGAACUGAUUCAUGCACAAGACAAGCCGCACCACACGGCUGAGGAGAGUGAGAGGAUGCAGAUAAACAACGUGAUCAGCUUGUCUCACAUACACAACUCAAAGGAGACAGAGAAUCUAUCACUUCAGAACAAACUUCCGUUACGCAGAUCUGCAGGCAAACACAUCCAGGCUGCGGGAUGGAAAACCACAAUGCAAGCAAACACAGAUAUUCCAAGUGAGAAUAUAUUUGAUCAAAUGAACUUCACUGCAUCAAAACACUUUACACUGUUUCCAGACACAGGCACUGGGGACAGUCAGAAUAUUUGCAUAUAUUGUGGCAAGAAUUUCUUCUACAUAAGCCGCCUUAAAAUACACCUACUGAAGCACACAGGGGAGAAACCCUUCAGCUGUACGCAGUGUGGAAGGCGGUUCACAGUUGCCAGGAAUUUGGAGAGGCACCAGAAGAUUCACUGGGGGGAUGCAACAUUCUGUUGUGGCCAGUGCGGGAAGCGCUUCAGGCGAGCGGACCACCUGAAGGUCCACCAGCGUGUGCACACGGGAGAGAGACCCUACUGUUGCACGCAGUGCAACAAGUGUUUUCGAUUCUCCGGAGAUCUAAACACACACAAACGGGUUCACACUGGGGAGAAACCAUACCGAUGUACCCUCUGUGGAAGUCAGUUCAGUCAAUUAAGGCAACUAAAGUCACACAUGAGAGUCCAUAAGGGUGUGGGUAGACACCUGGCUCAGUGACUGUAUUUACUGUAGUAAUUCUUAUGGCAUUCCUACCUAAACUUACACCAUAGUUAAUGAAUCUAUGUUCUCGUUGCCUCUUUUUACUGAUUUUUCACAGCACAUAAAUAUCACAUAUAUAACUGAUUUAGGAAUAAUUCUUAUUCCAACCAUCUGUGAGAUGAUGUGAAGGGAACAAUAACUGCAUGCGUAGACAAAUCUGAUAGUAGGAAGGGGAUAACAGGAUAAAGGGAAAAUGAUAUGCGAAUAGGAAUUUUUUAAAAAUAAAUUCUAAUUUUGUAUACAAAAACUGUGCGUCUGGUUUAACAGUUAAAGGCUUCGUAUAUUAUGAUGUGUGGAUUUUUUUGAUUAUUUUAUACAAGUUGCCUGAAAAGAGUAAUCACUUUGUAUAUAUUUUCAUCAUUUUCAAAUCUGGAGGUUAGCAGUAAUAUUUACUGGGUCCUCAUUCCCUCUUCCUCAACUUUGUGCCACUGGUAGCAGCAUCUCCUCGUAAGUAAUCAUCCAUUUACCACUGUAUAUUUACUGCAGCUUACCUUAUUUCGUACCAGCAAACUUACAACCCUCAUAUGUUCUGAUGUGGUUUGAUAUAGCAGCUCUAGAAUAAAAACUGAGUCAAGC